AGCAGCAGGUUGGCUGCACUGAAUCAUGCUGCAUUGCUCUGCUGCUACUAGACAAACACACAGGAGAGAUUUUUAAGAGCAGAAGUCUGUCAGUUUGACCUAACAUCAUCCCAGAAGAGCCACUGACACUGAUGAAAAUUGGGAUUCAGUAUCUUUCUCAAGGAUAUUUCGACACAUGACCAGGAGGAGCCGGUGUUCCGGGAAUCCAUCCUACCUGGCAAACCAUCCUACCCGUUGUUUCUGCGCAUGCGCACAACACCGGACAACCCAUCCCUGGACCUUCCAAUUAUUAGCGGACCCACUCUACCACCUGAGCCACAGCCCCGUUCAGUUGCUUUUAGGUGUCCAUUUGAUUCCUGCUCUGACUCUCAUCCUGUGUGAGUGAGGAGGUCACCAUGGCAACUGUGCCACAGGGGAUUGUGGGAAAGCCAAGGUUUGGCCCUAGUGACUGUCUGAUCGCAAUGUUGAGGGCUUGCUCCAGAGAUUCGACUGAGGCGAUUCAAACAAGACUGAAAUGCAUGCUGCAAAUGUUUCUACAGCAUUACAGGGACGACGAGGGAAAUGAGAAGACCAAAGAGUUGGCAGCAAAGUGCUGCUACGAGGCAGGGGUUUGGUAUCACAGAAUCUUGGAGAACCUGAUCAGUCAAGAGAGGAAAAGGCUGGGCUUCAGUGACAUCUCAGGCAUCUUGGAGCAUGAUCUUUUCCAGCGCUGUCUAGUGGCCUGUUGCUUGGAGAUCGCUGUAACCUCAAACAGCUUACCAUGUGACUUCCCGCUGCUCCUUCAGAUCCUCAAACUGGCACCAUACCACUUUUGGAAGGUGAUUGAGCCUGUUUGGCGGGUUGGGUCAGGCUUGCCUCACUAUGUGGUCACACACCUCAUCCAAGUGGAAGAAAAGGUUUUGGAGAACUUGGCUUGGAUCAGCGACUCACCACUGUGGGAUGAAAUCACACCCAACGAGGGCCAUAUGCCCACCUGCCAACAGGUAAUGCAUCCAAAUAGGCUCGAAGGUCCAAUGCAAACGGAUCCAGUUGUGCCGAGAGUGGAUGUCAGUUUGGGGAUGAACCACUCAGCCAGGACAGAGCAGCAGUGUUCCCCAUCAGCUAUAAACAGACAAGAGAGAAGCAGCUCCCUCCAUCUGUUUGCUCGGAAGGUUUACAGCUUGAUGGCCAAGCGUCUGAGGGAGCUGUGUUCCACGCUGGAAAUAUCUGAUGAGCUGCGAUUAAAGAUCUGGACCUGCUUUGAGUAUUCCUUGGUCCACUGCUCUUGUCUAAUGGUAGACCGUCACCUGGACCAACUGCUCAUGUGUGCUAUCUACAUCAUAGCUAAGAUUACCAAGAUGGAGAUACCCUUCAAACAGAUAAUGAAAUGCUACAAGUCACAGCCACGUGCCAACAAAAGUGUCUGCAAAAACGUGCUGAUUUCAGAAAGGAUGGAGGAAAAUUCUACCAUUAAAAAAAUCAAUAAUGGAAAGCACAGCAGCACUAUCCUAACCCCCAACACACCAUCAACACAUUAUCCAAGACCUGGGCAGGAGGAGCGGGGCAAUCUCAUCCAUUUUUACAACCAGGUCUACACGACAAAGAUGCAGCAUUUUGCCAAACAGUUUGCUCAAACCUCAUUACGAGACACCCCUCCUUUGUCUCCAUACCCUCGACAGUGGAAAGCAUCUCCUCGCUGUUAUCAGCUGUCCAACAGCCCGUCCAUCUCCAUUUCACCAUACAACACAGAAACCCCUUCCCCUCACAGAACUGGGCUCUGCUACUACUUCAACUCAAGUCCUCCAGAGCUUCUGCGUGAGAUCAACAACAUGAUCAAAACGGGGAGGUCACCAAACAUGCGAUGCUACGCGGUAUCACUGGAUAGAGAUGAGGAAGGAGAUGGAUCCUCAGCCAAGAGGCUUCGUUUGGAUGGGCAGUCAGCCUGGCAGAGACGACUGAGAAAUGUGUUCAAUGAUCGCAUUACAAGAAUGAACCAGGACCAGGUCUAGCUUAUUCCAGCUAACAGGCCUAACCUCCACUCCGAUGGAAGUAAAGCACACAUUUACUUUUUGACAAAUUCUCUGUCAGCUCAAAGUACUAAAUUUCCGUUGCUUGGCUCUUUUGUUUGGAACCAUUUUUUCUGAUACCAAUAGUCAUGUGUGAAGGUCUGUGAAUGAGCCACUUUAUCCCCAGCACAGUAAUAGAAGACUGGUCAUCCUGGGUUGCUGCCUGAUGGAAGUGUCCUUCAUGAUAUUGUAUGAAUUUAAAGAAAGACAAGGCUGCAAAGUGCCCAGUGAGUUUUUCUUAAAUAAAAAAAAAAAGGACCGGGACAGGACUUUAGCAACUAAAAGGCAGAUUAGUUAGUGUUUGUCUGCAUCCACAGGAAUUAAUAUUUACAGUAAUAUGAAAACAUAAAUGUAUCCACAAAUGCAUCCAAUAGACAUUUGGGCAAAAAUGGGUUUUUUUCUGCACAAAUUUAACAAUUCUGUUAAAAAAAAAGUGUAACUUAGGCCUCUGAAGCUAAUAUAACAAAACAAAAUUUUGAUUUAGUCAUUUUUGCAUAAUUAGACUACAUUUAUAUAAUUAUAGUUCGUUAUCUUAAUGACUUAAAUCUCACAUAAUAAUAAUAACAUGGUACCUUUACAUGUAUGCAAAAUGUUUUAUUUAUUUUAAAUGUUUCAAUGAACUUUUUAAACUCAAUUUUUGGUGGAUUUCCCAGCAUGCUCAUUAUGUCCUGUUGAAAGAUUUCAACUCAAGGUUAUCUUAAAGUAUAUUUUAAAUUUUAUUCUCACUUCAUAGUUGUAUGACUGCAAAUUGCCAGGUCCCAGAGGCAGCAAAGCAUUCCCAUAACCAUAAUAUACCCACACAUGUACUGUUAUCAUGGCUGAACAACUCUGUGUUAGAUGUGCAUUAGUAGCCUUGGUCUUUGCCUUUAUGUUAACUGUAAAACUACAGCUUUGCUGUUUUGGGCAUUCCUGUUAUGCAGGUCAAGUUUUUGCACUGUUUACAACACAAAGAGUUGACCGCAGAUCCUCUGAUGAAAGCUUGGGGUCUUUGGAGACUUGCAUAAUUUGCUGAGGCAACCCAUUAUGGACAAUUUGGCAGCUAUUUUUUUUUUUUUUUAAAUUUAGCUUAAUUUAGCUACAAGAUUUUUUUUAGAUGAUUUGCAGAAUUAUUGAUUUUAAAUUAACUGGGGAACACCAAACCCUGAAUGUCUGAGGUUAAAAUAAGACUUAUUACUCUCUAAUAACUGACACCAUAUUUGAAGGCUCUGUGUAAUUAAUUUGAGGAUGUACUCAUUUGUUCUCACUAGACUGAUCUGAUUUAUGUUUGACUUACUUUUGGAAUUUUCAGUGUACAUACUAACAUUAACUCCUGUCUAUGACCUGCAUGAAUACUGAAGUUUGAAGUGAUUUGAUUCUGACUGCAUAUUGGUGAUACUAGGGGUUUUAUGCAUACCACUCUAAAUUAAUUUAAAGUUGUUUUUACAUUCAACUUAUCGCAAAACUAUUGAGGAUAAACUAAAGUAAGACUUUUGCAAAAAUAAUAAAUGAAAAGUGCUGUUACAGUAGCAGAAACUUGCACUGGUCAACAUAAAUGUAGAAGCUAAAACAAAUUCAGUCUCAAUAAAUCUUUAAAAAUCCUGUCAGCAGUUUUAGCCACCGUUUAUUACAGACUGAGUAUCACAGCUGAUUCAACAGCACAUCAAUCAAAAACUGCACGGUGAUUUUAUUAAAGCUCUUUUCCAAACAGAAAA